AUGAAUCAGUGCUAAAACUUCAUGAAUCCUCAUCACUCUGCUAUUGGGAUCCAGAUCGCUCUCUGGGUUUCUGCUGCUGCAAGACAAGUCCAGAGAAUCAGGAAAACUUACUUCAGAAAAGUUAUGAGAAUGGAGAUCGGCUGGUUUGACUGCAACUCAGUGGGGGAACUGAACACAAGGAUAUCUGAUGACAUCAACAAGAUCAACAACGCCAUCGCUGACCAGGUGUCCAUCUUCAUCGAGAGGAUCUCCACCUUCGUGUUCGGCUUCAUGGUGGGCUUCAUCGGGGGCUGGAAGUUAACCGUGGUGGUCAUCGCUGUGAGCCCACUGAUCGGCCUGGCUGCCGGGCUCAUGGCCAUGGCGGUGGCCAGACUGACAGGCAGGGAGCUGGCGGCUUACGCUAAAGCCGGAGCCGUGGCCGACGAGGUCCUCUCGGCCAUCAGGACCGUGGCGGCCUUCGGAGGGGAAGACAAGGAAGUGGAAAGGUAUGACAGGAACCUGGAAGAGGCUCAGAGCUGGGGCGUGAAGAAAGGCAGCAUCAUCGGGGUUUUCCAGGGCUACUUGUGGUGCAUCAUCUUCCUCUGCUACGCCUUGGCCUUCUGGUACGGAUCUAAACUGGUCAUCGAGACCAAGGAGCUGUCUCCUGGUACUCUUAUCCAGGUGUUUUUCGGGGUGUUGAUGGCAGCCAUGAACCUGGGUCAGGCAUCGCCCUGCUUGGAGGCCUUUGCUUGUGGUCGCGCUGCAGCCAGCACCAUAUUUGCAACCAUAGACCGGGAACCGGAAAUUGACUGUUUCUCAGAGGAGGGUCAUAAGCUGGACAGAGUCACUGGUGACAUUGAGUUCCAUGAUGUCAGCUUUCACUACCCAUCUCGACCGGACGUCACGAUUCUAGACCAUCUGAGCAUGGUCAUUAAAGCCGGGCAGAACACUGCCUUUGUUGGCCCUAGUGGCUCUGGGAAGAGCACCACUGUCCAGCUCAUCCAACGCUUCUACAACCCCAAGGAAGGAAAGGUGACCCUGGACGGCCAUGACGUUCGGGGUCUGAACAUCCAGUGGCUUCGCUCGCUGAUCGGCGUGGUGGAGCAGGAGCCCACGUUGUUCGCUACUACCAUCGCUGAGAACAUCCGCCUGGGCCGGCCGGAGGUCUCCAUGGAAGACAUCACCGCUGCAGCCAGAGAAGCCAACGCCUACGACUUCAUCAUGGGCCUGCCACAGAAGUUCGACACCCUGGUUGGGGAAGGGGGGGGGCAGAUGAGCGGGGGGCAGAAGCAGAGGAUCGCCAUCGCCCGGGCGCUGGUCCGGAGGCCCCGCAUCCUGCUGCUGGACAUGGCAACCUCCGCCCUGGACAACCACAGCGAGGCGGUGGUCCAGAAGGCCCUCGAUACGGCGCGUCGAGGAAGGACCACCAUCUCGAUCGCCCACCGCCUGUCCACUGUGAGGAGCGCAGACGUCAUCAUUGGGUUCGAGCACGGCCGAGCGGUGGAGCAUGGGACCCACAGCCAGCUCCUAGAGAGACAGGGGGUCUACUUCACCCUGGUCACCCUGCAGGACCAGGGGCCCGACGCAGCCCCACACAAAGCACCUGCUGGUACGCAAGAAUCAAUUGAGACCGGAUUUGAUUCUAGGGAAAGGGGAUUUAGCCGUGGAAGUUAUAAUACCAGUUCAAGGAACUCCGUUCGUCUUCGAUCUCAUACCCAGUUGUCCAACAACUCCAUCCCUGAUGCGAUCAGCGGCAGCCUCCAGCUCCAGUCCACUGGCCGGAUGGAGGAGCCCGGUGAGGAGGCUCCAGAGCAGCUUGUGGAGCCGGCCCCCGUGCUGCGGGUCCUCAGGUACAACCGUCCAGAGUGGCCUUACAUGCUGCUGGGGUCCCUGGGGGCCGCGGUCAACGGCUCCGUCAACCCCAUCUACGCUAUACUCUUCAGUCAGAUCCUGGGGACGUUCGCCAUGCAAGACCUGAUCCAACAGCGGGAGCAGAUCGAUGGAAUAUGCAUCCUGUUCUGCAUUGUGGCGUUAGUCAGCUUCUUCUCCCAGUUUUUACAGGGGUACGCCUUCGCUAAGUCCGGGGAGCUCCUGACCAGGCGCCUGAGGAGGGCCGGGUUCCAGGCCAUGCUGAGGCAGGAGGUGGGCUGGUUCGAUGACCCCGGGAACAGCCCUGGUGCCCUGACCACCCGGCUGGCCACGGACGCCUCCAUGGUGCAGGGGGCAACAGGAUCUCAGAUUGGCAUGAUCGUGAAUUCAUUGACCAACAUCGGAGCGUCCUUCAUCAUCGCCUUCUACUUCAGCUGGAAGUUGACUUUAGUGGUCAUGUGCUUCCUGCCUCUCAUCGGCCUGUCUGGGGUCUUCCAGGCCAAGAUGUUGACCGGCUUCGCAACCGAGGACAAGAAGGCAAUGGAGGCCGCGGGUCAGGUGUCUGGAGAGGCGCUGUCCAACAUCCGGACCAUCGCAGGCUUGUCUCAGGAAAGCGCCUUUGUGGCGUCGUACGAGCAGCAGCUGGAGGCGCCGUACCACUCCGCCCUGAGGAAGGCCAACGUCUACGGCGUCUGCUUCGGCUUCGCCCAGUGUGUCAUCUUCAUGGCGUACGCUGCGUCCUUCAGAUACGGGGGCUAUCUGGUCACCGCUGAAGGCCUGCACUACAUCGUGGUGUUCAGGGUGAUUUCAGCCGUGGUGAUCAGCGGCACUGCUCUGGGAAAGGCUUCCUCCUUCACUCCAGAUUACGCCAAAGCUAAGAUCGCCGCUGGCCAGUUUUUCAAACUACUUGACCGGGUUCCCACCAUAAGCACUAGCCCCUCCCAUGGAGAGAAGUGGGACAACUUUAAAGGGGAGGUGGAGUUCCGAGACUGUAAAUUCACCUAUCCCACUCGGCCAGAUGUCCAGGUCCUGAACGGACUGGUGGUGUCCGUUAAGCCCGGUCAGACUCUGGCCUUUGUGGGCAGCAGUGGCUGUGGGAAAAGCACAAGCGUUCAGCUGCUGGAGAGGUUCUACGACCCAGACGAAGGCCAACAUGAAUACUGAUUUAAUUUCCAGUUGAUAGACGGCCGGCCCUCCUGGAGUGUCAAUGUGGCGUUUCUCAGAGCCCAGAUGGGCGUGGUGUCCCAGGAGCCCGUGUUGUUUGACUGCAGCAUAGCAGAGAACAUCCAGUAUGGAGAUAACCUGCGCAAUGCUAGCAUGGAAGAGAUUGUCAACGCUUCAAAGAAAGCUUUUCUCCAUGACUUUGUGAUGACUCUUCCAGAUAAAUAUGAGACUCAGGUGGGUGCGCAGGGAUCCCAGCUUUCCAGAGGACAGAAGCAACGUAUUGCCAUCGCCAGAGCCAUCCUCAGGAACCCAAAGAUCCUCCUACUGGAUGAGGCCACAUCUGCUCUGGACACAGAGAGCGAGAAGACUGUGCAGGAUGCUUUGGACCAGGCUAGGAGAGGCCGGACAUGCCUGGUCAUCGCCCACAGACUGUCCACCAUCCAGUCUGCUGACAUCAUCGCCGUCAUGGCCCAGGGCGUGAUCAUAGAGAAGGGUACCCAUGAUGAGCUCAUGGCCAGGAAGGGGGCUUAUUACAGUCUGGUCACCACCGGAGCUCCAAUCAGCUAGUCGCUGUGGCUAACCCAGACCCACAGUCACGGUAGAGUGGUUAUAGCCUCGUAACAUUCUAACUUGAAAUGUCAAUGUUUACUAUAUGUGUCACAGAUCUCACUUUUAAUUUGUAUUUACUGCUAAUGAAGACAUUUAUAUAUAAAGUAUAGAAACAAAAUUAUCAAAGAAGACUCUGUUUCAAUACAUCAUUCUAUUGUGUUUGAGUGCGUUAAUGAACUGAUGUCCGCUGAGCCUGAUUGGGUCUGGAGACAAACUGAGUGUAAACAUGAUUGAUACAAGGCCUGCAGGUCCACUGGUAGCCUAGCAACCCACACAAACCAGCAUUUGUGCAUUUGAUUACAUUGCACACACACACACACACACACACACACACACACACACACACA